AUAAAAAACCUCAAAAGAAAAUUUUCAUUUCGUGAUAGCAAAUAAGGGAAGAAUCGCACGUUAAAUCACGUGAUGGCGAGUGCUGACGUGGAGGCCGUGGAUUUCGAGCCGGAGGACGACGACCUCAUGGACGAGGACGCCGCCGCUGGUGACGCAUCACCUCAAGUCUCCAUGCCUAAGCUCAAGUCUGCCAUCACUGGCGGCGCUUCCGUUUCUCUUUCUGGCCCUAAGAAGACUAAAGGCCGUGGCUUCCGCCAGGACGACGCCGACCGUCAGUCCCAUCUCGCUUCCCGCGACUUUGACUCUCUCGGCUCUGACGGCGGCCCCGGUCCCCAGAGAUCUAUUGAAGGAUGGAUAAUUUUGGUCACUGGUGUACAUGAGGAAGCACAAGAGGAUGAUUUGCACAAUACAUUUGGUGAAUUUGGUGAGAUCAAGAAUUUGCAUUUAAAUCUUGAUCGUCGCACUGGAUUUGUCAAGGGAUAUGCACUGAUUGAAUAUGAAAAGUUUGAAGAAGCAAAGAAUGCCAUAUCUGCAAUGGAUGGAGCAGAACUUCUUACGCAGACUAUGAAUGUUGAUUGGGCCUUUAGCAAUGGACCCAGUGUUGGAGCCUCUAAGAGAAAAAAUAUGAGAGCUGGACGGACACAUCGCUCUCGGAGUCCUAGGAGAAGAUACUAACUUGGAAUUCUAUUACGAGAAUCAAUUUGUAACAAGAGAUUUUAAGAUUUGGUGCUUGAAAUUUACUGGAAUUAUGGAAUUUUUCAAUUUUUGCUCUGGGGCAACCUCAUCCUGUUCUUUUUUUGUUAAAUGGUAUCCCAAGUGGUGAUUAUGCUUUA